AUUGUUCGACAGCAUUGGGACGGGCAUCACGGCAGACCACCAGGAGUCCGCUCUGACGUCUGCAGCCUUUUCGGGCAUCCAGGAUGCAGCCAGUGGCGCACCCACCACCUUGGUCCCAUCAGACCUCGACGUGCUGCAGGGACAGUCAGCAGCCUGCGGUAGCCCAGCAGCCGGUGGCUCCCCAGCAGCUGCAGCACCAAUUGGUGUUUCAACAACAGACAAGCAGCAGCAGCAGCAAAUGCCGCCGCCGGCAUCGAUCAAGUCGCCGACCCCCAGCACAAAGAAGGCACGCCAGACAAAGAGCAAAAAAACGCCGACUGUCAAAGAGAAGACUGUCAAGGCAAAGGGCAGCCGUAAGAGCACGCCAAAGCUCAAGUCGCCCACACCAUCGGCAGCCAGUCUGCCGUCCGAGGCUCCGCAGCCUGCCAGCAAUGUGCUAGGCCGACAGCGCCAAUACCAAUGGCUGCUAACCCGAGCCCGCUGGGCCCGAAGCGCGCCGCAUCGCCGGCCGACCCCAUGCGGCGGAUCCGCCCAAAGUUCGACGCAAACUCGCCGCUCGUCAGCAAUGCGUCGGUGCCCGGCUCCACCAGUCUCAACGGCGAUGUGUUCUCGCCCACCAAUGCACCGGCCGCCGUUCCCACUCCCAACAUGCCGCCUGCCAUGGGCACGUCCAUGCCGGGGUCGGCGGCAGCGGCCACGCAGGGGAUGAUGUCGCCACAGCAGCAGCACCAGGCCAUGUUGAUGCAGCAGCAACAGCAGCAGCAGCAGCAGGCCUUGCUCAUCCAGCAGUACCAGCAGCAGCAGUUCCAGCAGGUGUUACAGCAGGUGCAGGCCCAGCACCCGAACCUGACCCCGCAGCAGCAGCUCCAGCAGGCUAUGCUAAUUCGCCAACAGCAGCAGUUCAUACAACAGCAGCAGGCACAGCAGCUCCAGCAACAGCAGCAACAACAGCAGCAGGCUCAGCCGCAGCAGCAGCCGCAGCAGACUCUGGGCAUUCCCAACCUUGCCAACCUGACGCCGCUCCAGCGCACCCAGUUUUUGCAGCAGCUGCAGGCCAGUGGCGGAGCCAACCAGGCUUUGGCCAUGGCUCUACAGCAGCAGCUCAUACAACAGCAACAGCAACAACAGCAGCAGCAGGCUGCCUCGUCGGCAGCGGCUGCGUCUCUGGCACUCCAGGCCAGCAUGGCUGGCAACGGAGCAACUAGCAUGCCGAUGUCGUCGGGGGGACAGUUCAUGGCGAGUAUGCCGGCAUCAUCGGCGAUCCAGCAGCAGCAGAUGCUGCUUGCCAGCCUGGCCAGCGCCAACCGGCCCCAGUCAGCAGCACCGACGGGCACUCCUACGGCCACACCCGCACCAGCAGCCGGUCAGCCGCCUCAGCCACUACCCCAGGGACAACAAUCGGCAGCUGCCGUGGGCACCCCGUCUGCAGCAGCCGGGUGCAAUUCCGACUUCGGCCCAGCCCAAUCCUGGCCCAGCUGCCCCAGUCAUCAGCCUCCCAGGCGCCGACGCCCCAGACUCUUCCUGCUGCCUCUCUGCCACAGUCCGCUGCCGCUGCCGCCGCUGCCGCUCAGACGGCUGCCCAGUAUCAGGCAGCAGUCAACGCCGCCAGUGCUGCCAGCCAGUCCCACCAGCAGCAGCAAAAGGUACAUUACUUCCCUGGAACGCACUUUGUGAUGCCGCCCGAGACGUAUGCUGAGAUUGAGAAGCAGUUGGAGAUCUACCGCGCUAGCAACCCGAACGCAGGUGCAAUGGAUAUUACC